AUGAAAGGCAUUAAAAUCAAAAACAUAUUCGCAAAGGUCGAAGACCGGCCCACGCCGUCUCAAGUUUACAAUUGGAGGAUAUACUUUACCGCGAUGCUGGCAUCGACGGCUUCUAUCCUCAUCGGUUAUGAUAGUGGGUUCAUUGGUGGUACGGUGGCCAACCCACACUUUCUACCAAACUUCGGCGUGAAGCCAAACACCACCGAGGCAGACAACACUACUGCUAACGUGAUUUCAUGCUUCCAUGCAGCCGCAUUUUUUGGAGCCCUUCUGGGCUAUCCAUUAGCGCACUACUGGGGCCGCCGCAAGGGGCUGAUAGUGUUUUCUGCCAUCGGUGCCAUUGGCGCAGCUGUGAUGAUAGCAGCGAUACAAGGCAGUCUCGCCCCUAUGUAUAUUGGCCGUGUGCUCACCGGUUUGACCGUUGGGGCCUCGACAAACUUGACAGUCGUUUACUUGAGUGAGGUUUCUCCCUCGCCUAUUCGUGGACAGAUCGUUGCACUUUAUGAGCUUGGAUGGAGAGUCGGAGAUCUGGUUGGAUUCUGGAUCAACUAUGGUGUCGUUGAACACGUUCCACCGGGCAACAAACAGUGGCUAAUUCCACUAGCUGUUCAAUUGAUUCCAGCCGCGUUGUUUUUCGUUGCUUCUCUCAUAAUGGUUGAAUCGCCUCGUUGGUUAUUCCAGGUCGGACGUGACUCGGAAGCUAUUAAGAAUCUAACGUGGCUCAGGAAUCUGCCUGUGGACUCAGAAUACGUCGAAUGGGAAAUCAAUUCUAUCAAAGAAUCGAUCGAUUACCAAAACAAAACCGUCGGAACAGGAAUUCUAGAUCCCGCAAAGGAAGUUUUUAUCAGAAACACUAAGUACUUCAAGCGGUUGGGAAUCACAUGCUGCUUGUUUUUAUUCCAAAACUUCAUGGGUAUUCAGGCUUUAAACUAUUACAGUGUGCCAUUGUUUAAGAGCUUGGGUGUCAAGGGAACUAAUGCCAGUCUUUUCUCGUCCGGUUUGUUUGGUGUUUGCAAGUUCAUCUGCACCUUCAUUUACAUUUUCUUAAUAGUGGACUGUUUUGGAAGACGUAUCGCAUUCUUGGUGUCUUCCUCCUUUUGUACCGUCUUCUUCUGGUAUAUUGGCGCCUAUUUGAAAGUCGUGGACCCCACAAAGCCUGGUGUUGACCCUGGACCGGGAGGAAAGGCAGCUAUCGCGAUGAUGUACCUCUGGACUUGCUCUUUUAUUUUGGCAUGGUCUGGUGGACCAUUCGUGUGGGCGGCUGAAGUUUACGAGCAAAACAUCAGAGUUUUCACUCAGAGUCUCAACGCUGCUGUAUCAUGGGUACCAAUUUUUAUUAUGACCAGAUUAACAACCAACAUGGUGAAGUCAAUGCGCUACGGUAUUUUCUUCUUCUUUGCCUGUAUUGCCCUUCUGUCAAUUCCAUUUGUCUUCUUCUUCGUUCCUGAAACUAAAGGUAUACCAUUGGAAGAGAUCGACAAGCUCUUUCACAAAGGAAUUCCAGCUCGCAGGGCGCACGCUAUUGUAAGUAAAGAGCUUAUGGCUAUCAAUAAUAGCAAGAUCGAUGACUCCGAAGGAUCAAGGUUCGACUUGGAGGACAAUCCGAAGAAAGGCGAAGAGCUUUUUAUCGAGAAUGCUAGUGGUUCUACAGAAGAUGAGAGAAGCCGCACUUCGACUUAG